AUGGAGGAGAUGCUCACCUGCAGCCGGAGCCCUUUCUCCCAGGUGUUUGGGCGUCAGGGUCAGCUCAUGCAAGCCACCGUGCAGUCUCUGAACAGCCUGAACGACCAGAUUGCGAGCUUCAUGGUGACUGGACCCAAGCCCCUGGAGCAGGAGGAGCCCCCCUUUCCUCCUCCUGAGAAAGAGACGAUGCAGAAGUCCAUGACCCUGAUGAGGCACCUCCUGGUGGAUGCUCAGGUACGCAAAACAGCAGAUUCAUGA